GAGAUUGGGGGUGCGCUACUGGAGGCCCAACUUCCGACCAGGCGGACACUGGAGGCGGAGCGUUUGGUUGCAUGUAGCGGCCGCACAGCGGUAUAAAUUGUGGACAGCAACUUCGCUUUGUAAUACCCGGUGUUAAGGCACUAAGCAUUCUCAUAGUAAACAGCGACGGCAUUACCGAACUAGUGUUUGACCUUUGUAGCGCAACGACGCUCCGAAGCCGCCACAUAACACCGCAAUUUGGUGUGCGCUGUUGACCCAUAGCGUAAACACAUAAGCUGCAUUCCAUAUCAAGCUUCGGGCUUGUCGCGGAAGGCUCCUAAACACAGACAGGAAUCGACAGAUGGCUCGCCAGCUUUCGCUGCGGUGGGCGCUCGUCGCCCUUUGUGCCAUCUCCUUGGCAGCCUCUGUGCAGGGCGCGCGUGUGCGGGCGUUGCGCACUGAUGCCGCCACCGAGCAACUAGCCUCCGAGCUGGUCGGCCGCCGCGCGCUUGACGCCGGCGAGAUCCUGCCCAACCCCGUCCAGACCGCCGAGUUGUCAGACCCCCUCCGCCGGGGCAACCGCGUCGGCAGCGUCGCCGGCCAGACCGACGUCGGCGCCACCACCGACGACGGAACCCCCGCCGCUGUGCCCACUCCUGGCUUCGGCCACGACGUGUCCCCCACGCCCCCCUCCCCCUCUCCCAUCUACCCCCCCUCGUACGGCAGCCCCGAGCCCAACCCCAGCGGCCGCAGCCCCCGCCCCGCCCGCAGCCCCCGCCCCAAGGCUAACCCCAGCGUCAGCGCGCCUCCGCUGCCUGCCUACGGCGGCGAGGAGGAUGCGUCGCCGCCGCCGCCCGUGUACGCUAGCCCCAAGCUGCCCAGCCCCCGGCCCAAGGCCGCCCCCGGCACCCGCGCCCCACCCCUGCCGCCUCCCUACCGCCUGGACUGCGUGGGCGAGGGCUACAAGGUCAACGCACGCGCCGUGAACGAGAAGGCCCCCUUCAUUGACUUCCCCGUGAACACCAAGCACACGCACGCUCAGAACCUGGUGGCCUGCGAGGCGGCGUGCAUUGCCAAGAGCAAGUGCAAGAGCUUCUACUACCGCGGCGAUGGGCACUGCUACCUGAUGCGCGCCUGGGGCCGCUUUGUGUACGGCGGCUGGGACACCAUCAAGACUUGCAAGGUGGUCUACCCCGAUGAGGAGUACCUGCUGCCCAAGUCGGCGGCCGAGGACGCCGCCGGCAACUAAGGGCCGCCAUACCCUCACCAUCACCAUGCGUCCGUCUGUCAAGACCCAUCGCAAGACCCCCAACCUGUUCACACGAGAGGCGGCUCUUCGCAGCCCGCGCAGCGAGAGCGGUCGUGACUGACACAAGAGGCAGGAGAGGCCAGGGCAGGAUGCAUGUAGCAGUAGUUGAAGACUCUGACACGACAACGACAAUAAGGGACUGGGACUGAAGGAUUGGUGCGCGCGCGGCGCUGUGGCCAAGCCGGGUGGGGUGACUCAUCCGGCAAGUGCGGGAGAAUUCAUGGCCUUGGGAGCAAGACAUCCCUUUGACUGAUUCCUACCGUGGCUUGUGCCACACGUGUUAGCUGUGGCGAGCGCGCGUGCGUAACGCGUCGGGGCUGUGAACUGUGCCUCGCUCGCCGCGCGUGUUGCUUGCCUGCCUGUCUGCGCGCGCGCAUUCAUGGGAACCCUGCGAAUGGGCCGGUACGCGCUACAUGGACACACAUGUCUGGCGGAAGUGUGCACUGUGCGCUUUGUUCUCUUCUUACUUGAGGACUAGUUUGAGUCCUUUUUUGAGCGUCAUUCUUUCUGCCCUGGUGUGUGCGAUGAUUGACGUAGCAUGCGGUGUGUACAUAAUCGUGGGGCGCGGCGGUCGUGGCCAUGUGGAUAGCUUAAAAGACAUGCGGUGUUCGUUCCGCCUGGGGCUUAGACUACAAAAUUGGAUGAUGCAUUUAGUGAGACGGCGCGUGCCAACCCACGGCGUCCUGAUGCUUGCUUAGGUUGGCAUGGGCCCUGAGUGUUUGACCCGUCGUUUAGAUUACUUAGAAUGCCCAUAGCUUCUUAGAAAAGAUGAUGAACUUAGCGCUGAUGAUUCUAGCACCCUAGCUCAAGCACUGGCUAUCAAGCACACGUGCUGUCCCUCAUUGGGGAACCUGGCGGCUCUUGGCGAAUGAGGAUGGCAGUAGGCCUCGGCAAUGGGCCGCACGCGCCAUGCCACGCAUGUGCCUGCAUGCCCGAUGUAACGCGCACAAGGC